GAAAUGUUGUUUCUUAUUCUGCAGAUACACAUGGACGAAAAAUGGAAAAGAAAUCGACUUUGAUGCCAUAGAAUAUAUAUCACCUACUACAAAUAUCACACGGAUAGUGUCAGAAGUGUCGGGUGGUUCAUUAACAAUUGAUGAGACAUCAGACUACGACGUGGCAAUAUACCAGUGUUCUGCAUACAACAGACUAGGUAGAUCACUGUCAAAAAAGGUUCAGAUGAUUAAAGCCGUAAAUGAACCGUUUCCCUCAGUGACAGUUCCGAAGAGAGUGAGUGUUGUCGUGGGGAACUCUGCGACGUUAACUUGUAGUCCACCUCUAAGUAUUCCCAAAGCAAUAGUGUACUGGACCGACACCAAUGACCCGUCCAGUGCAGGGUCAAGGAUCAAGCUGGAUGACCGAGUCGUCAUGGAUUAUUCUGGAAAGUUGCAUUUUGCCAAUGUGAUACCAUCGGACAAUAGGAAUGGCGAGGCCUACGUGUGUAAUGCCUGGCAGAAAAGUGUCUUUAGAUCCUUCCUUCAGGGCGACGACAAAAUCAUACAAACCAAAGGAUGUAGGUUUUCUCCCCUUCUCAAAAUAACUUUUGUUUUCUUAUUUGAUUGAUUCUUAUUUGAUUGAUUCAAAAACACAUUGAAUCAUUUAUCGAUUUUUAUCAGGUUUCUAUGUCUGUGGUAAGA